AUGUCCACGCCGGACCUUGACCUCGAUCAGCUCUCGCCUAGUGAGAGGACUGCUCUUGAAACAUAUACAUCUGUGACAGGUCAGGAAAUAGCAGAAGCUAUUCCUUUGUUGCGCCGGUCACAAUGGAAUGUUCAGAUUGCUAUCGCCAAGUUCUUCGAUGGCGAAGGCCCAGAUAUAGUUGAAGAAGCCCGUGCAGCACUUUCGCAAUCCCCACCUCCUCAACCGAAUCGGCAAACGCGAAACUUGCUGACUGAGGACAUCGCUGAGCAACUGUCACUAGCUCCCAGGACCGCAGAUCCCGCUCCCCGAGUUGAUACUCAAUCCGAGGAUCAGCCCACCUAUCGCCCGCCCUUUAUAAUUGCUCUAUUAUUCACACCCUUUAACCUGGUCUAUCGACUCCUAUACAGUUCAUUUCGUCUCUUCGGGGCAUUGUUUCCUUUCCUGCCCCGACUGUUCAAUGCCACAGCAAACCCGGCCCUCCAGGGGGCGCGGCGAAAUACUACUGGCCGCCGUCCCCUUGGACCGAAAGACACUGCAGCCCGGUUCAUUCGCGAGUUUGAAGAGGAGUAUGGAUCGCAGCCGAUCCCAUUCUUGGAGAAUGGAUACAAUAUGGCUUUGGAGAAGGCUCACCGCGAUCUGAAGUUUUUGAUGGUGAUUCUAGUGGCGCCUGAGCAUGAUGAUACAAAUUGUUGGGUGCGAGAUACCUUACUGGCACCGGAACUCGUAGAAUUCAUCAACGACCCGUCCAACAACCUUUUGGUAUGGGGUGGGAAUGUUCGGGAUUCCGAGGCUUACCAAGUAGCCAACUCACUACGGGUCACCAAGUUCCCCUUUACGGCAGUGAUUGUGCACACUCCGAACGUGUCCUCGACCGCGAUGUCGGUGGUGGGUCGCAUUGCAGGCAUCACCGCACCCGCCGAGUUUGCGAACCGACUUCGAGCCGCCAUUUCUUCGAACAAAGAGCCCCUGGAGCGUAUCAGGUCGACUCGCGCAGAGCAACAGGCAUCUCGCAGUCUACGGGAACAGCAGGAUUCGGCUUACGAACGGUCUCUGGCGAUUGACCGGGAACGGACUCGCCAACGCCGGGAAGCAGAGGCGGCUCAACAGCGGGAGGAACAAGAGGCGGCGGAUCGCCAGGCUGCAGAGGAGAAGAGACAGCGUGAUCUGAUCCAGUGGAAGCAAUGGCGGGUCCAGUCCAUCCACCCGGAGCCGAGCACGGACGUCAAGGAUGCGGUGCGCAUUAGCGUCCGCCUGCCUUCUGGAGAGCGGAUCAUGCGUCGAUUUGCACCCGACGCAGAAAUGGAGGAGCUCUACGCAGUAGUGGAGUGUUAUGAAGAAUUACAAACAGGAGAGACAUCCGCCGUAUCUGAACCCCCAGGGUUCGAACAUGAGUAUGGGUUCCGCUUAGUUUCACCUAUGCCUCGGGCGGUGUAUGCAGUGGAAGACGGCGGCACGAUCCGUGAUAAGAUCGGCCGGGGUGGAAACCUGCUGGUGGAGCCCAUUGUGGAGGAUGAAGAUGAAGAGGGGACUUCAUGA